AUGGAAACAAACACUCUAUCCGACAGGUUAAUACAGACCACCCGAGAUGGUCUACUACAAAUAACCUGGGUGACAUUUCUUGCUGUUCUGAUAAUUUCUUGCAUCACAACUCGCGUCAUAACUGCGAUUCAGAGUCGUGAAACAGGUAGAGAUAAACUACAAAGAGCCCGACUAGCACCGUACUGGUUUCCUUGGAUAGGACAUGGCUUUUCUCUCUUAUGGAACCAGGUCUCCUUUUUUGAGUCCCUUCGGGAAACCAUGCGCGAAUCUGUCUUUUACAUCUGCUUGCGUGGCCAAACUCUUACUACUGUGGUGUCACCGUCAAUGACUGAAACUAUAAUGUCGUCACAGGGUGCAUCAAGUGCCCCUUUACUUGACCAGGCGCUCAAAAAUGCAUUUGGUGACAGUGGCCUCAUGCGCAAUCUACUUGCUAAUCGCAAUCAAGAAAUUACAGAUGAUGUCCCCGAAAUCAUGAAUCGAGAGUCAUUUGCGAGUGAUGUCUCUUCGGGAAUCACACGGCUGUUGCAGCGUAACUUGCCAAACUUUGUCACCUUUUGCCGGAGUCCUGUUGAUCAGACUUACUGGGAGCGUGAGAGCCAAAUGGAAGUCUCCGAGGAAGACCAAAAAGUUGGCCAAGUGUACCUAUUUUCCCUUGUGAGGGAAUUUGUAGGACAGAACAUCUCCACCCUUCUCAUGGGUGAAACUUUUGUGGAAGCAUUCCCUGGGAUACUGGGAGACCUAUGGAAGUUUGAUAAUGGUUUCGCUUUCUUGUUCGCAGGCUUUCCGCGGUGGAUGCCUUCACCUGCCGUCUCCGCGGGGUAUCCUGCGCGCGAGCGACUCCUACAUGUCAUGUCUAUUUUCUACCGUGCUUUUACUGCUUGGGACGAUGGGAUUGACCCAGGGAUUGAACUCCGCGAUUUGGACGAUGUUUCUGAGCUGGUGAAGGAAAGAAUGCGAACAUUCCGGAAGCUGGAGAUGUCCCCCUUUGCUAGUGCAGCAGGAAAUCUCUCAUUUUAUUGGGACGUGAUCGAACAUAGCACAAAGUUGACGUUCUGGACCCUUAUCCACAUCAUCACAGACCGGGAACUUCUGAAAGAAAUUCGAAAAGAGAUCUCACCUUUUGUGAAAUCAUCGCGACCUGCCCGCCAGGCUGGGUUCCCAUUCGAGGAACCGCUCAAACUCAGUCUUGAUGUAGAAGAGUUGCUACAGUCAUGCACAUUGCUAAAAGCAUGUUAUUACGAAGCAACUCGUCUCCAUUGCGCCGGGAUUUCAUUCAGAAAAUUGGGAUCAGAUUUGAAAGUCACAGAAUCAGUCACUGACGCAGCCCAACCGCGCACGUACAAAUUCCUCAAGGGAGAGAAAGUCAUUAUGCCACAUGGUGUUCAUUACAACGAUGCCCAGACAUUCUCAAACCCAGAUCAAUUCGAUCCACUCCGGUUCAUCGUGAUGGAUGCUGGCACUAAGCAGGCCAAUCCAGCCCCUCUUGGUUCAUUUGCAGAUGGGCUAUAUGGGUCUAAGCAUAACAAACUUACAGAAAGGAUCAUAAUUGCCUUUACCGCUAGUAUUGUGUCAAUGUGGGAUAUCUCAUCAACUGAUGAUCAGGGAUUUGCGGUUCCCGAGAACAAAACUACUUGGGGAGCCUUCCAACCCGUCAGUGAUUUAAGAGUUAAGAUAAAGUCAGCAGUAUAA